UUUUAAUUUUCUUCUCCUCCGGAUUCUGCGUGUGAACUGUCAACUACUAGAGCUAGCAAAGAACCAGCUCAGGCUUAGACUCCCUCAUUGGUCUCCUUGCUACUCAACUUAACGACUGACGACCCACGAAAUUGGAAUCCCCAAACUACUCUACGCACGAUGGCUUCCGUUGAGUAUGUCAACGGUCCAGAAAACGCCACUCAAAUUCUUCUCAAAGAACAUACUUCGUCUGUGGUGACGGGUUCAAUCGUUAACGAUGGUGCUUCUUUAUCGGAACCCAAAGUAAAUGUUAUUGAAGAGCCAAACUUGAAUGAAAUGGACGCGUCCAAGGAUGAUGUAGAAGGAAUUGAAACCGAAAUGCACUCGACGGCGGGCGCAUCAGAGAAAGAGCCUUACGAGUCGGAGGUCGCUAAUAGAACUUUACACGACGCGAUUUCUGACGUGGCCAAUCUCGACGUUGUUCCCUCGAAUCAUGAGGAGAGUGAGAUCACUCACGAUGCUAGCAAUGAAGUAGAUGCGGAUGAAACUGAGCCCACAGACUUGAUUCAGAAAGACCAAGCGCCGGCUGAGCCCGACUUGAAAGAGAUCUCUUCAGCUGAACAUACUGCUAUCUUCCUCGAAACUCCAGAGCCUACUUUACUCCCGCACCGGGAAGAAUCCGAUAGUGUCGUGCAAAAUGCUGGCGAUGCAGAAACUCCUACCAGUGUCAGGCAGAAUGUACAAUCCGAAGAGCCCGGUCAGGACACAGCACGAGACGUGGAGAAGAAAACAUCAUUUGAGACGGACCUUCCAUUGGGGGAAGAUAAUCUGGUCUCUCUCGAUACAUCUGCGGAACCGCAAUCCGAACAACGGACUUCUGUCGAGGAGAACCUUACCGAGUCUGUCUCGACCCAGGAGGACGUGCCAAUUGAAGCACCCACCAUGGCCGGCGGUGAUGCUAUUCCAGCUACUUCUGGAACAGAAGCAGACGAAUCGUUAGUGGUCGACGCUGGCAGCUUAUCAAUUACGUCAAUGGACCAAGAACACUCCAUUGAAGGCAAUGUUCCCGAUCCAAGAUUGGACGAGUCACUGGUCGCAGACCUUGAUAAUCUGCAAGUCGCAGAAGGCCAAGAACAGUCGGUUGAAGAGAACAAAUCUUCCUUCGACGCCGGUGCCCAUCAGGUUGAUCUCCCGCAGCCCACGAACGACGUGAACCCGAUUACACAGUCGGGAGCUCAUGUCCAAUCAAGCCCAGUCGUCCAUACAACCGAUUCCGAAUCCACCAUUUACGAUGCGGAUUCGAAGGAGGAGGUGCCAUUAGAAGCUGAAGUAUCUGAAGCUGACGACAAUGUUGUUCAAGUUGCCUCUGAAACAACAGCAGAUAAUUUGUUGGUGGUUGAUGCCAGUAGUUUAGCAGCUACGUCGUUUGGCCAGGAACAAGACAUUGGAGGCAAUGUUCCUGAUUCACAGCUGGAUGAAUCGUUGGUUCAGGACGUGGAUAAUCUGCAAGUUGCAGAAGACCAAGAACAAUCAGCUGGAGAGAAUGAAAACCCCCUCGACGCCGAUUCCCAUCAGGUUGAUCUUUCUCAGUCCACGAACGACAUGCAACCAAUUACACAGUCGGUAACUCAAGUUUUCCAACCAGACCCAACCGCCCAUACAAUCGAUUCCGAAUCCACCAUUAACGACGCGGAAUCGAAGGAGGACGUGUCACUAGAAACCGAAGCAUCUGUGGCUGACAGUAAUGCUAUUCCAGCUACUUCCGGAACAGAAGCAGAUAAAUCGUUGUCGGUUGGCGCUAACCAAGAACAAUCCAUCGAAGGCAAUGUCCCCGAUCCAAAAUUGGAUGAGUCACUGGUCGCAGACGUUGAUAAUUUGCAAGUCGCAGAAGACCAGAAGCAGUCAGCUGAAGAGCACAAUUCUUCCCUCGACGCCGGUGCCCACCAGGUUGAUCCUUCCCAGUCCACGAACGACGUGAACCCAGUUACACAGUCGGUAACUCAAGUUAUCCAAUUAAGUCCAGUCGUCCAUACGAUUGAUUCCGAAUCCACCAUUAACGAUGCGGAUUCGAAGGACGUGCCAUUAGAAACCGAAGUAAUACCUGAAGCUGACAGUAAUGUUGUUCAAGCUGCCUCGGAAACGACAGCAGAUAAUUCGUUGGUGGUCAAUGGCGGUAGUUUAGCAACUACGUCAGUCGACCGGGACCAAUCUCUCGUAGGCAACGACCCAGAUCCAAAGAUGGGUGAAUCGCUGGUCGCGGACAGUCAUGAUUUGCAGGUUGCUGAGGAGCAGCAACCAUCAGUGGGAGAGAGCAAAUCCACCCCUGAUGCCGGUGCUCAUCAGGAUGUUUCCCAGCUCACAAAUGAUGCAAACCUGAACACAGAGUCGGAAACGCAAACCCCCCAUUUAAGCGCACUUCCUCCUACGACCAAUCCGGAAUUCACCGCUGAAGCUGCAGUGCUUAAUGACGGCGAGUCAGUGAACGAGCUCGUCGAAGAGCAAGCAGAAGUCGUGCCAGAAUUAAGAUCUCUAGUUACUGAGACGGAAGGAGAGCCGAUAGGCGGAGAGGAUACAACUGAAACUUCAGCGCCGGACCUAUCCCUCUCUGAAACCAACGUGGUGGAUGCACUCCCCGCAGCGCCUGAUACUACUGUAUCGGAUACAGCAGAGCAGGAGACUCCCGCUCAAACACCAGAAGAACCUGUUGACCAUGCCGCGACAGGAGUUAGUGUUAUGAAGGACAGUGUAACGGGAGGAGGUAUGAAGCAGGAAAUGAGUGUUGCAGCACUCGAGUUCCUUCCAGGAGCCGAAGUCGCUGAUGCACUUCCAACGGCGCUUGAUAAGUCUGCGUCGGAACCUACUGAAAAAAUUGAUGCUGCCUCGGCAGUCGGUGAACAGCACGAUUCUGAAGUGGCUGCAGGCAGCGGAAUUCGUGAUGAAUGCCGGGGUGAAAGUGAAGUGCAGGCCGAGCAGAAAGCGUUUGAUGGGGAAGAAAGUACGGCGGAGGGCGAAAUGAAGGAGGAUGUAGGCACCGGAUCGCUCGAGUCGCCGCCAGAAUCGAAAGUUGUUGACGCACUCCCUGCGGCACCUGAUGCUGUUGUAUCAGAUGCGGCCCAGGAAGAUGAAGGAACCGCCAAAGUUGUACAGGAUGUCGUUAAUUCACAAGCAGGUGAAGCUCCAGAACAAACGCACGAUGGACCUCUAGGACAAGUUAAUUUGAAUACCGUUCCUGAAGAGAUUGGAAUGGUCGAUACAACGCCACCUAUACCGGAGAUUGAAGCGGUUAAGCCAUUUAACGAGGCCUCUCAAGAGCCAGCAGAAGUCGAGUUGUCUACUCAGAAUGACGUUGAGCAAUUGAAUGCUUCUGAUACCGCACGGGAGUUCACAGGAAACACUGCACCUUUCGAUCCGACGUCCCCUGGUGCCCCUGCAACUGUAUCGGAGGCAGCUACACCGAAAGACAGUGAGAGUACGGUCCCGGAGGCUGUUCUGCGAUCUAACGACGAGACCCAAGAUGAAUCAGAUAUCCAGGUGGUAGCUGAGCCUCCGAUUUCUCUUGCUUUUGAGAGUAAAUCCUCUCCAGAACCUUCCGCCGACAUUCAGAUCUCUAGCAAGGACGAAAUUAUUGCCCCUGAGGACACUACAGUUACUCAGUCUUCGGCUGCAGAAGAAUGCGCACCCACAUCGGAGACCGAGACCUCAGAGGUAGUGAAAGAAUGGAAUACAGACAUCGAUGCUACCAAUGACGAUGCCACUCCAACGGAAAUGACUCAAGCGGAAAGCCCUGAAAUCUCGGGAAGCACAACAACGGAGAUAUCUUCCACUCCACCUGCAGCAGAAUCAUCUGAAAGCCAACCAGAAGAAAUCCAUGACUCCCCCGAUUCGAUCGAGUCCGACAACGCAACAGAGAAGGUGACUGACGAACCUGUCGCCGAAGCAUCAGUCAGUGAACAUCCUUCAACUCAUAACCAGGUUACCCCGAUCGAACCAGCUACCGAACCCAGCCUCGGGGCUGCUGUCGCAACAGAUCGAGUUAGUGAAGAGAAGCACUUGGAUACUUUGCACUCAAAUGAGGAUGUAACCCAGAACCAAAUUGAAGAGGCAACGCGGGACGGAGUUCGAAGUAGCGCUGCAGGCGAUACUGCAGGUGAAGAUGAACAGGAGACCCGUGUAGACGAAGACAGGGUACCACAGGAGCCGAGGGCUGCCCCCGACCAGACGAAAGCGGCAGACGAAUCCGCUCGGAUUGUCGAAAAACAAGAUGCAAAGCAAGGGCAAGAAAUCUCUUUUUCGGAAGUAGAUCAGAUGGACAGCGGUGUCGCAGGGGAAGCCGAAGUAUCGAGUGCUCAUGAAGACGUCGAGGCUCAACGCCCUCAGAGCACUGAAACGGCCUCGCAUAUUCAAGUGGCAGAAGAAAUGCAACGACCCAAGUCUCCGUGGACCCCUUCUUACAGCGUCACCAGUCAAGGACCUGGUAUCACAGCGGAGGAAGAAACUCCCGAGAUUGAGUCCAAACCGGUAGUGGAGUAUGCCCCAGCCGUGAAUGAGGCUCCUAUCGUCAAUGUAGUCGCUUUCGCUCCUUCACCCUUUGAAGGAAUCGCGCUUGAGGACAAGAGAAACGACGAACCCCCAAGACCUUGGACGCCCUCUUACUCUGUUUCAAGCCAAGGUAGCCCAGCCCUGGCUGUUUCAGAAGAAGCACCAAAGCAGGAGGGAUCACAUACCGACGAUGCGGCGAAGUCUGCUGAAGGCCUACUACCUGUUGGUGCUACUCAAGAAGCGUCAAAACCCGCGGGUGUCCAGGAGCAGGUUGAAACUUCAGAACUACUGGAUUCGCAAGCAGUGCCGGAUGAGGAAAACGCACCUGUGCACAAUGCGGCCAGUAGUGAUACUCUCACACAAUUAAAUGAUCUAGCUCAAGAGCCGGUUGUUGAGGUUGAGGGGCGCGUGGUACCUGCAGUUGAAGUUUCUGAACCCUAUGGGGAGUUCGUUGAAGAAACUAAGAGAUCUACCGGUGCUGCGAGCGUCUCGGGCGAAGCUACUUCCAAGGCCCCAGACUCGUUUGAUGAUAGCUCCGCUCCUGCCCGUCCUGCUUCACCUUGGACUCAAUCCUACUCUGUGUCUGUACAGGGAAGCCCACAGCCCUCAUCAAAGGACCUUCCCAAUGAAUCGGCGGUUGAAAACCAGGUACAGACCAUACAACUAGAGGAAGCAAAAUUGCCCAACCAGGAUCUGCAUAACUCCAGUGUGGUCAUAUCACCAUCUCACCACGACUCUGUAACCUCAAUUACCGACAAGAUAACAUCCGAGACACUGGAUAACGAGGAAACUCCCACUGGUGACCAUUUCCGGGGCGAUAACACAGUCGCCAAUGUGUCCUCGUUUAAUGUCCUCGCCGCGCCUGGUCAGAUGGAGGUGCCUUCAGAACAGAUAUUCAAAUCCACGGACGCGUCUCGGGAUGAAUCUGUCACCUCGACAACUAACGUCGUACCAGAUGACACGACGCCCGUGUCGCAGGAGCGAGAUGGAUCCCAAGCCGUUGAUGGAGGAAAGAACGAAGCUGCCGAUGUCUUGUCCUCUAAAACCAUCGAAACCACUGACAUCAAGGAGCCGUUGCCUUCGCUCGAAUCUGCUGCUGAUGCCCCCCAACCAGAAUCCAAAUCACCGUGGGCAUCAUCUUAUUCCGUCACCAAACAAGGUUCAGACCCGUUCUCGGAGGAUGUCGCAGUUACAUCUGCACCUUCUCAACCCGAGACGAAAGAUGUAGACAGUCUAUCAGCGCCUGCAACAGCCACCUCCAAGUCAAACAAGUUGAAUUCAUUGACUGUUGAUACCUCUUCCGCAUCGGCGGAAAACACACCUCAACGUCCACGUUCACCAUGGACACCGUCUUAUUCUGUUAUGAGGCAAGGAGCAGGGUCCACAGAUGUAGUUGAUGAUGAUGCAGAGUUGGCUAAACUCGAGCAACUUCCUGAACCCGUGGCUCAGAGUGUGGAGGCACCGAGAGUUGUGGAACAUGAUCAUUCCGAUGCAGCUGAAAGUGAUCAAGGAUUGGAACCAUUCCCUACCUCUGCAAGUUACGAAGAAGAAGGCUCCCUAACGUCUCUCGAUACCGUAACGGGAGAUUCGCCGUCAUCACCGUCAGGAAGGUCAAGAUUGGAGUCCACCGCCUCGUCGUUGAUGUUCCCUGGAGGGUGGUUCAGCAAAGCCCCCCCAGGACGCGCGUCGCUAGAUAAUGCUAGGGGAGAGUUUGUGGCAUCGAAGCAAUCCUCGCCUGUAGAACGGACGCCAGAAGUCCCUGAGGAGACACCAGCCUCCUCUGAGUCCUCUCCACCUACUGAUGCCACUAGUGAGGAGACCGCCCCAAAGGAAGAAGAGAAGGAGAAGAAAUCUAAGUGGUGCACGAUCAUGUAGAAGAAAUUUUUCAUCGCUUCCACACCUUUGUUAUUUUCUUACUUUCUAACUCACUCCGUCAUGUUCGCAUUCGUCCUGUUCUGUUCAUGCUUUUGCUUUUGCUCGAAAGUUUAGGACGUCAUGGUACAAUCUCAUACCCUUAACGUAGGAUCUGCUUCUGCUUUGGAUCAUGUCUCUUACUCAAUUCUUUUCAUCAUUGAUACCAUAUCACAUCUAGUUUGCACACUUAUGUUUUUCUACACGGCAAUGUCAUGAUUUCUUGCUCGUUCA